GACGUCCGACUCGAUAGAACGCACAGGUGCUGGUGCAGGCCAUUGCAGGACAGUCGAUGCGUCAAAAUCAAGGCAGGAACCAGGUCUGUCGAUCGGGCCAACCGCAACCACUUGCCUGUGCCAAAGUCUGCCAAUAAGAGGAUCAUCUGGUCACCGCCUGUGCUGUUUGGCAUUGACUAAGUUCCAACUCUAACGUCGGAGGCUGUUGUUUGAACCUUGGCAUCUUGAAUUUGCUGAGCCGUAAUGACGGUCAAUCUGAGCGCACAUUCCUCACAUGCUCAUGUACUACUACGUCAUGUGUAUAUGGGUGUCUACUACUCGCUCUUGCGCUACAUGCUACACAACAUGUUCAAGACAAGAGAAUUGCGCUGGAUUGCCAGCAGGCCACGCGGCCGAUACCGAUGGGUGGCGUAGUUUGGCAGGCUCGGCCGGAGUCGUGCGGAGGAGGAGAGGGGGGCGAGAACACAAGAGCGGCAGGCGCUGUGGCUGUGGACGGUCUAGGCAGCAGUCGAAUGUUCGAAGGGUAGCUCCGGCACUCACGCAUCGUCAGUGGAAUCGUCAGUGUCCGCCUGAUAGAGCCUCCCUCGAGAACUUCGGGUCGGUCCGUGAUGCUCGAAUUGGGAUAGGCAAAGGGCUGCGCAAGACUGCUGCGCGGCGUCGCCGCGUGUUGCGAAGUGCCAAGUGCAACUCGGACCCAAUAUACCCAAUCACGCAGCUUCAACAACUACGGGUUGCUCUUUUGUGAGUUCCUGCUUGGGGCUGUGUUACCCUGCACGAGGAGGGCUUCCGACGAGUUCGAGUUGCUGAGCCGUAAUGUUGCCUCCCCAAGCUCGCUACUUGAGG